UUUUUUGCUGUUGUCAUGUCAGCUUCUUCGUUGUUCUUCAGGAAUCCCCAGGGGAAUGCAGCUUUUUUCAGACCUUUAAGGCUCCUCCUUGGCAGGUGGCUGGACUGGUCCAGCUCUUCCCACUAAGCUGCCCUGGGUUCAAGUUGUGUUUUGAGGGCAGUUUCGCAGUCUCACCCCUGGGUGUGUGCUAGGGCCAGCAUUGUACAUUCAUUUAUGUCUAUAAAUACCUGAAGGAAGGGUGCAGGCAGAGCCAGGCUCUUUUCAGCGGUGCUCAGUGCAAGGACAAGAAGCCAGAGGCACAAACUGGAACACAGGGGUGACCCCUGGCCAUCAGGCAGCACUUUUUGUACUCUUCACCCCAAAUCUGUGUCCUGUAGUACAGGACAGGCAUUUACUCCAUCCCUGCUGAGCUCUCUCCAUUCCCACCUGACCGCCAACCUGCUACAAAAGCAACUAGAGUAUCGAGUUGCCCAAGUUGUAAACAGGAGAGCAACAGAGCUGGUGUAGGGUCUGGAAGGAACUUGAGGAGUGGCUGAGCAAACUGCUCAACUGUUGUUGAGUCUGGACGAGAUCCCAUCACUCCCUUUAAAUUCCUGAAAGAAUGUUGCAGUGUGGAGAAUGUCAGCCUCUUUUCACAGGCGACAAGUGAAAGGACGUGAGGCAAUGGCCUCAAGUUGUGCCAGGAAGGCUAUAGAUUGGAUAUCAGGAAGAAUUUCUACAUGGAGAACUGGAAAAGGCUGCCAAGGGAAGUGGUGUCCCUGGUGGUAUUAGGAGACGUAUGGAUGAAGCCCUUAGGGACAUGGUUUGAUGAUGGGACUAAGUAAGUCAAGGUGACAACUGCACUUGAUGAUGGUGAAGGCUCUUUCAUCCUAGAUCAUUCUAUGAUUCAAAAGAUCUGCAACCAACUCACAGACACCACAAUUACACCUCCUGCAGCCUCACCACCAUGCUGAGGGCUGCUCAGGAUACCUGUUCAGUCCAAGGGCUAGAGAGCAGCUACUGCUGCUGUCACAAGAAACAAAAUGUGAACAACUGAAUGUGUCCCUCACUGCCACUGCAAGGAGGCUGGUGGGGCUGCAUGGGGAUCCGACAGCAUGUUCUCAGAGGCAAUCAGUCCUACCUCCUGCUCUAGAGCCCACACCAAAGACCCGUGGCUGGGAGCAGCUGCCGCAGUAUGAGCAGCAUUCACAAGCUGACAGGCAUUUCUUUUAUGGGUUGUUGGUUUCUGGCAAUGGAUGGCCACAAUGACCACAUUGUUCCUUUCCAUUUAUUGAUGUUUAAUGUCUCCAAUGCUGUGAUUUUGCUGGGCAUGACUUGAGCAUGGUAAUAAGAAGUUAAUGCUCCAUAUAAAGGGAAGGGGAAAUGACUCACUCCCAUGAACUCCAGGCUAAAAAAGUAGAACAGACGAAGCCAAAUGUUUUGGUAAAUCUCAUUAUUUUAGUCCAUUUUCGUUAUGUUGACCUGAGACAACAAAGAUGGUGGCCUUACAACUACCCCUGACCAUCCCAGGAUGCAUGAUCCCUCCAUGGGAUAUCUCCCAGCCCUGAGCUGGUACGCCUUGGUUUGCUCUGCCAUCUGCCACUGUGCUUUCUGUGGCCAGCUCAUGAGGGUGGAGGACAAGCUGAAGUGCUGUGCAAACAGAGGGAAUGAGAGAUGCUGCAAGCAGGCUCAGCACAGAUCACCCUUGUUGGCCUUGGAUGUAAACCAGUGCCACCCGCCACCGCCCAAGGACUUGCCCUGCAUGGUGUGUCCCUGCUUGUGACUGAAACGCCCCAGGGCUGCCCACAGCUCUUGAAAACCUCCUGCGGGCCACGACCAGUCACAGAGCUAUACCUGAUCACAGGCUCUGGCCACGUCUGUGGCUCUCGAAGCUGUCUUUGCCUGCCACUGAGAAGGAGGGAGGGAAGAGCAAGAAGGAGGGGAGGGAAGAAGGAAGAGAGAGAGGGAGGGAAGGAGACUGUAUUUGGCAGCUGCCUCCAGGGAGACCAACCAUCAAUGCGGGAGAGCUUCACAAUGUCUUCAGCAACUUCCAGGAGCUCUUUACCCAGCGGCCUGUCCGUCUUCACAACUUUUCCAGAUGUUCUCUUCAUCCCCGAAAUGAUAUUUGGGGGCCUUGUCUGGAUCCUUGUUGCCUCCUCGAAGGUUCCAGAUGAUUCACUGCAGGGCUGGGUGAUGUUUGUCUCUGUGUUCUGCUUUGUCUUGACUGCUGUACUCCUGUUCCUCUACAUGUGCGGGGCGCAUAGGGGCAGUAGCUCCUGGGUCACUUUGGAUGUCAUCUGUCAGGAGACAGCAGCUCUGUUCUACUUCAGUGCUUCUGUGUUGGAAGCCAUUGCUACCAAAAACAUGCCGGCUGCAACUCUGUUUCACCGGGAGAAUAUUUCUGCCGCGGUAUUUGCAUUCAUAGCUACUCUGUUGUAUGUGAUCCACAUUAUAUACUCUCUCCGCCGAUGGAAAUCAUCCUAAUGAUCUGUCCUUGCAUGUUCUAUCUUGUGGUCACCCUACAAACACAGAAGUUAUCCAAUGACCGCAGUUUCCAGGCUGGAAUUAGGGCUUGGUUUUUAAUGUACAUACCAUAAACAAGCAGCUUUUUAUGUGGAACCAUGGCAAUGAAGACCAAGAGCCUGUCAGAGAAACCUGUUUGCUGACACGAUCUAUUUUUCUUCAGUCUCCUGGUUGGGUUCAGCUUGAUGCUGGUAACCAGGGCCUCAGCAGAAAACCCAGCUUAAAUUAGAACAAUACAGUUGGAUUUAAAAUGUCAAAAUCUCCCUGAACCCUUUAUGUACCCCUAUGACUUCACAGUCUUAGUGGAGUCUCUGACUCCAAACUGUCAGAGGAAGCCUGAACAACUGGUGCUACACAGCAGAAGAAUGAAACCUGGUCAUUUUGGUUGACAUGCAUCUGUGUAAACCUCUUUGCCUUCCUCAUUUGCUGUGCCAAAAGAACUUUCCAUGCCAUUUUUGAAAAUGCCACUUGUGACUUGUGAGAAGGAGUAAAGGCAGCAUUUAAUUUGCCUCAGGUGCAAUGAAUUCCCUGCAACACCUGAAAGGUACUGCUGAAUUACAAGACACAACUACAACCCCAGGAAUUAUUGCUGCCACAGAUUCCCCCAUGAAACACAACUAAGGAAACGUACUAUAGAUACUACAGCAGAAUUAUAUGGAUAAUUAGAAUAACAUCUCAGAUAAGCAGAGGCAAUUAGCUCUUGUCUUCAGCAUGUGACUGUUCUCACAUAUACUGGCACUAUGUCAUUAAUAAAGAUGGAUUUCCUAUGAUUUUACAACCAGACAAAGGCCACUGUCA